AUGGCCCCCGCCGAGAGAUCCUGGCACCUCGGACGCUUCCCUGCGGACGAGGUGGCCCCGACGGAGACCCUCCACGUCAUGCGCCUGCAGCGGCUCCGCCUCCGCCGCGCGGCGGAGGGAUGCCUCGACCCCAUCACCGAGGAGGACGACUACGCUGGCACCAGCAGCAGAAGCAGCACCCAAGACGACGACCUCGUCCUCGCAGGCUCACCCAGCGCACACAACAGCUGCAGCAGUACCACCGUCGACCUUGCCCAAAGUCGCCGCUGA